AUGACCUCAUUGCUGACAAAAAUAAAUGACCUCAUUCAUGAUCUCAUUGCUGACCUCAUUCAUGACCUCAUUCAUGACCUCAUUCAUGACCUCAUUCAUGAUCUCAUUCAUGACCUCAUUCAUGACCUCACUGCUGACAAAAAUAAAUGA